AUGCCGACUGGUCACUAUUAUAGUCAAGAAACAAAAGAAUUAAUAUUCAAUGUAAUUCAAUUUAUUGAAGGGGAGAAAAAUGGACCAAAAAUACCAUUAUAUAAUGUCAAUGAUCGUAUAAUGGCUGCACUUCAAAUAUCGCAUGGUUCAAUGGCGAAAUUGAAAAAUGAAAUGAAACAGCUACAAGAAGAGCAACAAAUGGAUCUGGAACAUAAGUUACUUGAACAAUAACAACAAAAACAGCAACACUAACCAUAUGUACUUGCACAAAAAUAUAAAACUGAGCGUUUGCGUCCACGAUCAUCAUCACCAUUUAUAACACCAAAAAAUGGUCAUUUUACAAGUAUGGAUACUCCUCGUGCAGUUGCGAAAUCACCGU